AAAGUUUUAGAGGUAGCCCAGACUAUCAACUCUUGAACCAGGUGUGAGCUGCAUUUGGAAGGAGGAGCAAGGUCCUGAAGGAUGCACAGGCACUCCAUACCCAGAGGGAACCAGCGCAUCAACCUGAACCAUUAUGCCACCAAGAAGAGUGUGGCAGAGAGCAUGCUGGAUGUGGCCCUCUUUAUGUCCAAUGCCAUGCGGCUGAAAUCAGUGCUGGAGCAAGGGCCAUUCUCACAGUACUACGCCACCCUCCUCACCCUCAUCAGUGUCUCUCUGCUCCUGCAAGUGGUCAUUGGCAUCCUCCUUGUGGUCAUUGCCAGGCUGAACCUGAAUGAGGUAGAAAACCAGUGGCGUUUAAACCAGCUCAACAAUGCUGCCACCACCUUGGUCUUCAUAACUGUGGUCAUCAAUAUUUUUAUCACUGCUUUUGGGUCACACAAGACAGGCUCCAUAGCUGCCAGGACCUCCAGCAAUCCUAUUUGAUGCCUACCUAGUUCCCAGGAGCUGGGUCUAGAGCCACUUCAGUCUUUGUCCCUGAGCUGUCAGGCCAACUAGCACUUCCCACAGCCUCCAGGAGCGCUUCAAGGGCAAUGAAGGUGCCCCUGCCUCCUGCCUACAGCACCCGAGUUAAGGUGUGCCCCUUUACUGGGUGACGUCAUUGCAUCUUGGUCUGGAGGUCUGAGCUUCCUAACGUGUCUGCUCAGGCAGCACCUGCACAGCCUGCACACGCUGGUUGCACUGCAUUCCUACCCUCUGCUCCAGGCCUCAAUGUUCCCUUUCUGCAAAAUGGAAUCUAUCUAUAAAGAUAUCUGAAAAU